UUCGCGUUCGUCUUUGUGUUCCAUGAAAAUUGACGGAAACGGAAACCUCGUGUCACCUCGUGUGUUGCCGCGGCUGUAAACGACGUACACGCAUUAGCGUGUGUCGUAAAUUACCUAAUCGUUAUCAUGGCUGUACGUGUACAAUUCGAAAACAACAAUGAAAUCGGCGUCUUCUCCAAGUUGACCAAUUCGUAUUGCUUGGCCGCGAUCGGUGGGUCCGAAAAUUUUUACAGUGUAUUUGAGGGUGAAUUAAGCGAUACCAUUCCAGUUAUCCAUGUAUCAAUAGCAGGAUGUCGUAUUAUAGGACGGCUGUGUGUUGGAAACAAAAAUGGAUUGUUAGUGCCGAAUACAACAACUGAUACAGAAUUACUACACAUUAGAAAUUCCUUGCCUGAUAAUGUAAAAGUACAGAGGGUAGAAGAGAGACUCUCUGCCCUUGGAAAUGUCAUAGCAUGCAAUGAUUAUGUUGCUUUAAUUCAUCCAGAUCUGGAUAAAGAAACUGAAGAAAUUUUAUCCGAUACCUUAAAUGUCGAGGUAUUUAGACAAACUGUCGCGAGUAAUGUUCUUGUUGGAUCGUACUGUGUUUUCUCUAAUCAAGGUGGUCUAGUGCAUCCAAACAUGUCUAUACAGGAACAGGAUGAGUUAUCUUCUCUUCUACAAGUACCACUUGCGACAGGAACAGUAAAUAGAGGAAGCAAUGUGAUUGCUGCUGGAAUGGUUGUAAAUGAUUGGGCUGCUUUUUGUGGUAUGGACACAACUUCAACAGAAAUUGCUCGUAUUGAGAGCGUUUUUAAACUUAAUGAAGCUAAUCCUACUCCUGUUACAACAAGUAUGCGAGCACCAUUUAUAGAAAGCAUGUCGGAUAUGUAAAAGACCUCUCUUUAUGUGAAGAGCACUGCAAACAUUCUGGGAUGAUGUAUUGUAUGUAUAUAAACUUGAUUUAUAUAUUUAUGAUUUUAAACAUCCGUGUGCAAGAUACUUUUUUCUUUCUACCAUAUCCAAAGCAAAACCUACAUUUCAUUUUUAAAAUAGAACAAUAAAUGUAAUAGAAGAUA